UAGUCUAUGUAAGACGGUCACAACACGGCUUUACCCGUCAAUAGAAAGGCUUGUUAGAAACUAAUGAAGUAACUAUCAUAAAUCGACUUGUUAACCAGCUGGAAUUCUGACUGUUUUAUAAGGGAGAUAUCAGUACGGUGGUGCUCUUAAAAUCUUGCUCAUCGUUUAGACUGUCCUGGGUGGCUCAGUGUCCACGUUGAUGAAGAUUUCAGGCUUUUUGAAGAAUGCGGUAUCGGCAUCGGUGACAUUUCCAAAGGAACAGGCGGCGCCCGAUAGGCUGCCGUAUUUUCCGCCUGCACUAGCACACAAACCCGGUGCCCCGGCACGCUGCUCGCCAGGGUGGUCUUGGGCUCGAUGAAAGGAGCUCAGUUGUGCUUCUCUUUUGGGGAGGAUCAUACAGGAGAAAAGGCACUGAAGCAGACCCCAUCUUGUUGCUUCCUGGGGGGGAACUAAUGCAGAAGGAAAAUGCGUGCCCUCUGAUGACUGUGCGGGUGGGUUUGCGUUCAAGGCAGGCGUGAUUACCUCGAUCCGUUUUUGAACUUGUUGCUGUUUCAUUCAGACAUUCCUAAGGAGGAAUUAAGCUGGUUCUUCACGAUACUCUCUGGUUUAUUGCUGCGGGAAAACCUGAGUAUUUGUCCUGAUUCCCCUGAAGAUUGUAAAACAGAAGAAAACCGCCUUUAUGUGUUUCUUUUCAAUAAACCAGUUUCACGCGAAGGUGAGUGGCAAUUCAACAAUUUAACAGAAAACAAUUUAAACGUUAAUACUAAAUUAACUUUAUAUUUGGGGGAAAAUGCAAAACAAAGAAAUAGUGCAUGAUCUGCAUCUCUUCAGAUUACGUUUCAAAGCACAGGUUCACGGAUUUUUUCCCCUACUUUGUAUUGUGCUACAGUUUUGAUCUGGCACACAGGGACACAUUGCAGGCACGGGUCGCUGUAUAUCUGUGCAUAUUUUUAUGCACGUCCAGUAAUCGGAGCACAACUGUGUAUGUGUUCAGAUUUUUUCUUACUAAAUGUCAUUUUGCGGAAUCCUACCGCGCGUUUUAGUAUCUUUCAGUUUUGUCGAUCUGUAGAUGUCCUUUCGUCGUCGCACCGUAGCUCUGUAAGUGUAGAAAGCGGGACUUUCAGUUGUCACUCGGCUGGAGCAAGUUGCCGGAAAGCGGGGUCAGCAUGGCAGCGGGAGUGGCCGCUUGGCUUCCCUUUGCCCGGGCUGCGGCUAUAGGAUGGAUGCCGGUGGCGAGCGCACCUAUGCCGACGCCCCCGAGGGACAAGCGGCGGACGCAGGACGGACUCAUAAUCCUCAAUGUCAGCGGCACCAAGUUUCAAACUUGGAGGAACACUUUGGAGCGGUACCCAGACACUCUGCUGGGCAGCACGGAGAGGGACUUCUUCUUCCACGAGGAGAGUAAUGAAUAUUUCUUUGACCGAGAUCCCGACAUAUUCAGACACAUACUUAAUUUUUACCGCACCGGCAAACUGCACUAUCCCCGGCAUGAGUGCAUUUCCGCGUACGACGAAGAGCUGGCCUUCUUUGGGAUAAUACCGGAGAUAAUCGGAGACUGCUGCUACGAAGAGUACAAGGAUCGCCGUCGGGAAAACGCGGAGCGCAUCCAGGACGACGAGGACAAUGAGAAUAAUAAUGAUCUGGUGUCGCCGGAUAUGACACUACGGCAGUCCAUGUGGCGCGCAUUUGAAAACCCACACACCAGCACGAUGGCCCUGGUGUUUUAUUAUGUCACCGGCUUCUUCAUCGCCGUCUCCGUCAUGGCCAACGUGGUGGAGACCGUGCCCUGCGGGUCCUCGCCCAACAGGGUCAAGGAUAUAUCCUGCGGCGAGCGCUACGCCCUGGCCUUCUUCUGCUUGGAUACAGCGUGUGUCAUGAUCUUCACGGUCGAGUACCUGUUGCGUUUGUUGGCGGCGCCCAGCAGAUACAAGUUCGUCAAGAGCGUCAUGAGCAUCAUCGACGUGGUCGCGAUCAUGCCCUACUACAUCGGCUUAGUGAUGACCGACAACGAGGACGUCAGCGGGGCUUUUGUCACCCUGCGGGUCUUCCGCGUGUUCCGGAUUUUCAAGUUCUCCCGCCACUCGGCGGGGCUGCGCAUUUUGGGCUACACCUUGAAGAGCUGCGCCUCCGAGCUGGGCUUCUUGCUCUUCUCCCUGACCAUGGCCAUCAUCAUCUUCGCCACGGUGAUGUUCUACGCGGAGAAGGGCUCUACGGCCAGCAAGUUCACCAGCAUCCCCGCGGCUUUCUGGUACACCAUCGUCACCAUGACGACGCUGGGGUAUGGCGACAUGGUGCCUAAAACCAUUGUGGGGAAGAUCUUUGGCUCAAUCUGCUCCCUGAGCGGAGUCCUGGUCAUCGCCCUGCCUGUCCCCGUGAUCGUCUCCAACUUCAGCCGCAUCUACCACCAGAGUCAGCGUGCGGAGAAGCGUCGAGCCCAAAAGAAAACCAGGCUUGCUAGAAUUCGUGCGGCGAAGAUCGGCGGCGCUAGCGCCUAUUUGCAGUACAAACGCAAUGGGCUCCUCGGCGACACGCUGGACGAGGCAUCGAAGGAGGCGGGUCAGGCCCUGGUGACCAAGAACAGCGCCACCUUCGAGAACCAGCACCAUCACCUGCUGCACUGUCUGGAGAAGACCACGAAUCACGAGUUUGUGGACGAGCAAACGUACGAGUCGAGCUGCAUGGAGGUGUCGCUGACGAACCAGGCCAGGUCGCGCUCCUCCUCUGUCUCCUCCUCGCAGCAUGGCCUCUCCUCCUGCUGCUCCCGGCGUAACAAGAGGAAGAGCUUCCACGUGCCCAACUCCACCACGGGCGCGGAGCGGCAUGGCAGCAUACAGGAGCUCAGCACCAUCCAGAUCCAGGAGAGGCCCCUCUCCAACAGCCGGGCGAGCCUGAACGCUAAGCUGGACGAGCUGAACUGCGAGCAGCCAUUCAUCACGGCGGCCAUCAUCAGCAUGCCCACCCCUCCCGUCACCACCCCCGAGGGCGACGAGUCCAGCAGCUCGGCUGACUACUUGCAGAGCAACAUUGUCCGCGUGUCGGCGCUAUAGACUCGCACCUUGAAUUGGCCGCGGCCAGGAAAGACCCCAUCCCGUACACCUACACCCCAACCCCCCCCCGAACCCCACCUGCUGGAGAGUGGAGGGAUCGCCACGACCGGAAAGCCAGACUAGAUUUAUUUUUUGACACAUAGGGCGUCGUGUUGGAAUAUAGCGUGCAUUUCCAGGUCAGCCCUGGUGCACAAUACAGAACCAAUGACAGCAUGGCCUUGUUUCCCUGGGGACGGCUGACUGGUGAGCACCACUCAACUUUCAGCAUCAUUUCCUAUACUCUUAGAAGAGAAUUAUUUUUGCAACAUUGCGUGUCUUUAAAUAUAUAUAUAUAU